CCUUGAUCCCAAGUGACAUUACUGGAGACGUCUGUUAUUAUUCUCACAACACUAUCUUUGGCCAAAUUUCGGUUCUGCUGCUGCAGUUGAAAUUGUAGUUCUGCGGAAAUUCACAAUCGGAUUGUUAGCAUUAGAAGCUGCAAGUUGGUAAACAUUUACAACAUUUUUGCGUAUUUCAGUUGUUUCGUCUGCUAAAUACGUCGUCGCAAUAUGCUUGAUAGGCUGCUGUCAUGGUCGGACAAAUUUUAAGUCGUCAGUUGCCCUUAGACAGUUUACGUACAAUAGCAGGUUAGCAGCUCCUAUGACUCACUUCUUCGCUCUUGUUGCUGUAGGUUGUGUUUUUUACUUGAGCUUCAACCGUCAGUUCGCGAUGGCUUGGAGGUCUCACGGAAAAAAUAACAGUGACAUGGUCCGCAAUUUACGCGCUAAUGGAAUAAUUCGUAGUAAGAUUGUGGAAGAAGUUAUGGAGCAAGUGGACCGUGGAAAAUACGCGAAAUUUAACCCAUACAUGGAUGCACCUCAAGGGAUUGGUUAUGGCGUAACUAUCAGCGCCCCUCACAUGCAUGCUCAUGCCCUGGAACUCUUGAAAGAUCACCUGAAAGAAGGUGAGAGAGCAUUGGAUGUUGGAUCAGGCAGUGGUUACCUUACUGUCUGUAUGGCACUCAUGGUGGGUGAAACAGGACGAGCUGUUGGCAUAGAUCACAUCCCAGAGUUAGUUGAAUUUUCACGAAAUAAUGUUCGCUCUGACAAGCCAGAGCUGUUAGAUUCUGGAAGAGUCAAACUGGUUGUUGGUGAUGGCCGUUUGGGAUGGCCGGAGGAUGCUCCAUACAAUGCUAUCCAUGUUGGUGCUGCUGCUGCAACAUUGCCACAGGCUCUAAUAGACCAACUGAAGCCAGGUGGUCGACUGGUAGUUCCUGUUGGGCCAGAAGGAGGAAACCAACAGUUGGAGCAGGUUGACAAGCUGCCCGAUGGAUCAGUACGGAGGACACCACUCAUGGGUGUCGUCUAUGUGCCACUCACAGACAAGGACCAUCAGUGGCCUGGCAGGUCCAAGGAUGGUGGCAGCAGUGCCCAGUUGGGUGCCGGCGGGCAGGGACAUGCGGGGAGCGGCAUGGCGGUGCAGCCCCGUUGGCAAAUCCCCACACUGCUCAUGACCGUCUUACUACCAAUGUUGUUUGCGUUUACUUAACUGCAGAGUGUGGUUUAAUGUGUAGCAUGAUACUGAUAUCCUUUGCUGAUAAAAUCCUUUCUUCAUUUUUAAAAACUGUGGGAACUAAUUUGUAUCUAUUGAUGUUUACUUGAACGAGUUCUGUUUCCUGAAGAAGCAGUAAUAUGUCAAAUCAGUGGUGGCAGUUUUUGAUUGUGUUAUUGCCACAAGAAGUGGUAUUCAGUUCGCAAGUUAGAUGUUAAAUUUUUGUCUCAGAUACAUAUUUGUAUGUAGGUAUACUUGCAGCAGGUUUAUUUAUCAUGUAUGCUCCCACAAACAAUGAAUUACGUGACUGCCAAUGAAAUAAUUCCUGGGAAUAAUUAAACUGGUGGCAUAGGUAAUUUUUGCAUUCCAGAUCCUUGUGCUUGGUAUGCUGCCAGGUGUGUGUACCAUUUUGGAUGAUGGUGUCUCAUUUCUUCUGCACACUUACCACAUCUUGCAAAAUACUGUCGUGCAGAUUGCUUACUUUUACCUAGUGAUUUCACUAUCAGUUCCCUUUUUACGUCUGUCCUGUAAGAAGUAAGUGUAAUAAUGAUUUGCAGUGAUAUGGUGCAGAAAGUAAUUUGAAUCAUUGGCCAAUGGCCAAUACAGAUGGAAAAAAAUCAGUUGAAAUGUUUAUCUCUGGUGGGCAACCUGCUGUUAGAAUACCAUACCAUAGCUAAGAACAGGGAAUUUUGUUUUGCUAUUUUGUAUAUAUUAGGUAUUCGCAAUAUAAGUGUCUUAUGUGUGAACAGAAUGGAACUGUUGGUCACUAGCAUAUUAAAAUAUGGCUAGUGCAUUGAGUAUUCCUUUCUCUUGUCAGUUUCUUGUUGCACAUGGAUGACUAGCGAGACUUGGUAUGGUUUUCUUUCAUCCAUAUGUAAUUGUGUCAGAUGUUCAGAAUAAACAUUUACAAGGUUUUCUUUUUCAUAAAAAUUAUUGCAGUUUGAUUAAUUUCCUUGUUAAUAAUAGUGUACACAUCAAUGAAAUUCUAGUUUCUACAUUUGUUUUGUAGGUGUUCGGUUCACUAAAGGGGCAACCAAACUUCAUUCAGAAGGCACUUCUGUAUUCUUUUUGGUGCUUAUUCUUGAGUAUUUUAUUGUAGUUCUCUAGCGUUUGCUCUGCUCAUUCUCUUACAGUCCAACAUUUAUGUUGGGUUUUUUACUAUGACUGUAGUUUACAUGACAGUUGUGAAAUAAUGUGUAAAAAUUAACUUGCAGUUCUUUUACCUCAUGUAGAUUGAAUAAAUAUAAGAAAAUGUUGUGUAACUUGUGAGCCAAGUAAUAGAGAAGACUAGGAGAGAAGUUAAAACGUAAUAUAUUGUCUUCAUAAUGAUUGUCCUUCAGUGUUGUUGACUGAACAAUAUCACUUUUUCUUGUAUAAGCAGCUAGUAUUUGUACUGAUUAUCUUUAUGUAAAUAUCUUUGUUCAUUAACCAUAUUGAUCUUUUGUUAACCUUCUUAAGCUCGUAAAAUUUCACAAGUUGAUAAUAUUUUUAAGUUCACUGUCCAAAGUACAGUGUUAUCAACACUGCAGAAAAAUAAAUGUCUGAAGUUAGUAAGGUUACAAUGUUAGUAGAAUAAAAAUGAAAUAUAUGUCCCAUUCCAGUAGUGGACAGAAAUUGAUAGCAGAUGGACUUGUAUUGUUUUAUAUAUAUUCUGUAAUAUCUGAAGUUUCUUGUCCUGUUAACAAUCUGUUAACAGUUAUGACUUUUUUCUUUAAAAUAUCACUUGAAUGAAAAAAGUAUUUACUGAUAUUUAAUCAAGAAACAUAUGCAUAUUAUUCAUAAGAUGUCUAAAAUUUGAAUACUGUUCAGCAUUAAUUAAAAAGAGUCUCUGUCAAGGAUUAUUGUUUUUUAUGCAAGCUCGUGUACUUCCAUUAAUUAUGCAAUGAAAAUGUUACUGUGCGUGAAGUAGACUAGGCUUCAUAACUACUUUCUCCAAGGCACAGUCAAUGCUCACGUACACAAGUGAACUGAAGAGGCAGACUUUGAUAAAUCGAGCAGACACAUUGCAUAGUUGUAGAAAAAACUAUUGCAAAAAUCUCUUCCUGUUGCAUUGUUUUACUCACAUAGCAUUGAGCACAUGAAUUGUAAAGGUUUACCAAAUUAAAAUAAAAAAAAUUGUGUUAUUAAUGUGCUCAUGAGUAUUGUGCUGUGUUGCACUCUAUUUUUGAUCUCUGUAACAAAUAAAAACUAGUCAGCAAUUGAGAAAAGUGUAUUUUAAGGUUUGCUUCCAAAGCAAGUUGAAGAUACAAAUAAAACACAAAAUUUUGUUUGCGGGCAAAAACAGUAUAUAUAUCCAAAAGUAUUUCAUCCUAGAAGUCACAUAAAAUAAGUUAUUUGCGAGAAUCCACCUGGUGUUAUGCAUUAUACACAGUUUUGUGUGCUAGUUUUGUCUUGAUAAAUUGUUAACUUUUUCUGCAGAAUUUGUAUUCAUACAAGCACAAUCUUUGCUGUUUCAUUUAUUGUAUUUUGUGUAGUUAAGUUUAAUGUACUAAUAAAAUUCUUCUGUGAGCGAUAUAA